ACGGAUGGUUAUCGAUCGGCGCGGCGGUGCAGGGCAGGGGCGCCCAUCACCCCGUCCAUGACCCGUUCGCCCAACCACCCCCAACGCUGACAUGCUGUUCCCUCUUUACUCCCCCCGCGCUUUCCGUGCAUCGCAAGCGAGGCGAGCGGCGAGCCCAACCCAACCUGCCGAGCCGCGCGCACCAGCAAGUACAGAGGCGAGAGCGCCGCUGGCCGCUGCAUUCACAUGCCGGCCGAGCCGUUGCGCAAUAGAAAACGCCUCCCCAACCGCAGCACGGUCAGCUGCUACCAGUACCCGCUGCGCGCGACGAGCGAGUUGGUAGCGAAGCAUAUAUGAUAUCCAACAAAGCUUCGGAGAAGCUUAGCUUGGGUCGCUCGCCGGUUGACUUGUUUGGUGCUUUCGAUCGGCCUUCUUGUCCCGGUUUGGUGCCUGAUUGCUCGGCCUCAACUGACUCUUCAUCGGCCGAUCGUCCUCCGUCUAUAUACUUGGUGCUGCAGCUCCGGCCGGACAACCGGUGGGGAGGGGGGUGGCUCUUGUCUGGUUCCCUCGUCGUGGAUGAGUGCGGCUGCAUUGGCGCCGACUGAGGGAGCGACAGCGACAGCGACAUGGCGGCGGCCGGGGUGAGGAGGGCGGGCGGCCGGUUCCGCGCGCGGGAGGCCGGGACCGGCGGCGCUAGUGGGCACUACUACUUCUUGGGCGGCGGCGGCGGUGGUGGCGGGGAUGGAUUUUCGCGCGUUUUGGAGGAGGCUUCGGCGCCGGCGGAGGACGCUCCGGCCACGGCGGGGAGGGAGUCGCCCCCGGCGGCCGCUGCCGCGGCGUCGGCGAUGGCCGCGAGGAUCACGCCCGCGGUGCUGUUCGUCACGGUGGUGCUGGCCGUGGUGCUGCUCGUCUCGGGCCUGCUCCACGUGCUCCGCCGCCUCUUCCUCAAGACCCACCACGCCAGCGCCGGCGGCGGGGAGCGCCAGCUGCAGCACCUCUUCUUCCCGGGCCACGAGGACGGGGCCGGCGGCUCCGGCGGCGGCGGGCUCGGCCAGGCCGCCAUCGACGCGCUGCCGGAGUUCGCGUACGCCGAGCUGUCCGGCGCCGCAUCCGCCGCCGCCGCGGCCAUCAGGAAGGGGAAGGAGAAGGCGGCCCGGCCGUUCGACUGCGCCGUCUGCCUCUCCGAGUUCGCCGACCACGACCGCCUCCGCCUGCUCCCGGCCUGCGGCCACGCGUUCCACGUCGCCUGCAUCGACGUCUGGCUCCGCUCCAGCGCCACCUGCCCGCUCUGCCGCACCAAGCUCUCGGCGCACCACCUUGCCGCCGCGGACGCGCCGUCCGCCGGGCCGGACGCUGAGGAGCACAAGCAACAGGCGUCAGACGAGGCCGCCGCGAGCAGCGUCGUGCUCCCCGUCAGGCUCGGCCGGUUCACGAGCGCAGACGGCGACGGCGACGCCGAGGCGAGCACCAGCGACAGCAGCCGCAUCGACGCCAGGAGGUGCUACUCCAUGGGCUCCUACCAGUACGUGCUCGCCGACGAGCACCUCCUGGUCUCCGUCCACAUGAGGCACGGCAAUGCCGGCGGCGCGGGCACCGCGUGCGGCGCAGGAACCGCUGGCCCUGCCGUGGCGAGCGGCGGCGACGGCCAGCGUCAGGGCAAGAAGGUGUUCGCGCGCGGCGACAGCUUCUCCGUGUCCAAGAUCUGGCAGUGGCGCGGCAGCAAGCGUCUCCCCGUCAGCCUCUGCGCCGACGACGGCCUGCCGUGGGCGCCGGCGGCGAAGGAUCCGGCGGGGACACGCACGAGGCAACAGCAGCGCAGCGACACUUGACCACAGACAAACUGCCGACACGCACACACACAUACACACAUGCAUGUCAUGUUGGUUAGCGGUUUCUUGGUAGAAUUUUGGCGGUAAAACCGCUCGUUCCACGAGCAAUGAUGCAAAAUUACGAAAUGAACAUCCUUUCGGGGACGGGUAAUCUUGUUUUGCCUCCAUUUUGUGCAAGACCAUCGUUUGGGGGGAAAAAAAACAUACUAACGUCAAUUCCAGGUUGCUACUGCAGACACAUAACGCCUAUAAAUUUUUGUACUUUCACCGGAA